CGGACAAAGAAGAUGCGAUUACCCCUUCCAUACAAAAAAAAUUGUUCACAGCCAUUGCCGAUCAUCGGUAUCCCUUGUAUCGUACUGAUCUUGCAUAUUGGUGUUGUCUGCAAGAAAUUGAAUCGAAAGAUUUUUAUGGAAAAAAAAAAAAAAUUUAAUGCGUAUUCAAUUUUUGGUUUGCUUCGCCAGUUGAAAUUGCUCCCUCCCAACGAAUUGUGACUCGACUCACUUCUUGACAUGCAACGACUCAUUCGGCCAGCAAAUAGACUUCUCUUCUCGUUAGGUCAACGAGCAAUAACUAAAACACCGUCUAUUCGACCACUUGGAGUUUUGCCUCAAUUAGUAUGUACUAAUUACAGACCUCAGGCGCAAUUCUUUCACGCAUGGAGUUCGAACCAAAGAGAUAUACCAGACAAGGGAGCUUCUUCAGGUGAAGUUGUCUCUGAAGACGCCGAGGAACAAGUAGACCCGAAGCAUCAGAUGCUCAUUGGUUUUACCUGCAAAGUGUGCAACGAGCGCUCUCACCAUGUUAUGUCCAAGCUUGCUUACACCAAAGGAGUCAUCUUAAUAGAGUGUCCAGGCUGCCAGAAUCGCCACCUGAUUGCUGAUAACUUGGGAUGGUUUCGAGACGGCAAAACAACAAUUGAGGAUCUAGUGAAGGAGAAAGGAGAAGGCAUUCGCAAAGUCAUCGUUGCGGAAGACGGCUCAGAACAUGGCGGCAACCUGAUGGAGUGGCUACCUGACAUUGUCGCCGACGAAAAGGAGAAGAAGGAACGCGCUAAGGCUGAAGCUGACAAGAUCAAGCGAGAAGAAUGAUUGUCUCAUCAGGUUUAUUGUCAUGCUUGAAUGGUGAAUUAGCAAGCUUUUCAUAGAGACAAUUUUUUAUUAGACGUUGACAAUAUGUAAAUAUAGAUGAGUUAUUUCAGAGUAAUGAAACGCUUGUACUUCGAGCAGCGAACUCUUGGCAUCCAUUAUACAUGAUUAUGGUUAUUAUGCUUUUAAAUCAUUCAGUAAACUAUUACUUGUUUAUUGUUCACCACGC